AUAUUUUAUUGAAUCUCAAGCAUGCCAAAAUGGAUACUUUGGAGAAAAUUGUAUAAACAAAUGUAACGAUACAUGUAAAGAAUGUAAUAGAACAAAUGGUGCGUGUGGGAAUAGAUGUCAUCCUGGAUGGAAAGGAGAAUUCUGUCAUGAAGAAUGCGACUUUGGAUUCUACGGAAAUAAUUGCAGCAUGCCUUGUGGAAAAUGUUUUCGCUCAGGACAAUGUCAACCAGUUAAUGGAACAUGCAUGAAUGAUUGUGAUGAGGGGUUUGGAGGAAUAUUUUGCGACAAAACUUGCAAAAACGGAACAUUUGGACGUAACUGUUUAGAGACAUGUAACAGUACAUGUAAUGGCUGUAACAGAACAAACGGUAAAUGUGACACUGGGUGUCAUCCAGGAUGGAAGGGUGAAUAUUGUCAUCAAGAGUGCGAUGAGAAUCAGUAUGGAAUGGGCUGUAAAGAGACAUGUGGUAGAUGUGUGGAUGGAGAACCUUGUCUUCAUGUUAAUGGUUCCUGUAUAAAUGGUUGUGAAUCUGGAUACUAUGGAAAUAAAUGUGAUAAAGUUUGUGAAUUUGGGUUUUAUGGACCUAACUGCAAAAGUUCCUGUAGUACGUUUUGUCAAGCAUCAGGUGACUGUCACCACGUGACCGGGGCCUGUAAACUGGGCUGUAAACCAGGCGUAAAAGGAAAGGGGUGUUUUGAGGUCCAAGAAGUUGAAAAGGACUACAAAAAAGAGUUUUUUGGCAUUCUGGGUGUCUUUUGCUUCAUUCUAACUCUUGUUGGGUUGUACGUGUUCUACAGAAUCAUAAAAAGGUAUCGGAGAACCAGGAAGAGGAAGCUUUCUCUUGUGAAGGAUUCUAUCAAUCUCAAAAAGGACGCACAGUCAGUAGCUGAAGAUAAUAAGGUGAACUCUGACAAUAAGGAGACCAUUGAAAUGGAGUCAUCUCCUGACUGCAACAAAGAGAAAUAAGAGGAGAAACUUUUUUUUUUCUCGAAGAACAAUUAGCAUUAUCUUAAAUUUAUCUCAAUUUUCCUCCAAAAACAGGGUCGACUUAGGGAGGAAAUCUUGAUAAUUAUUUUUUGACCAUUAGUCCUUUGUUUUUUGUGGGGUUUCUUUUAACAAUAUCUAAUAAUUUAAAUAAUAAUGUAUACAAGGUUGUACAUCAAAAAUUCAUAAUGCAGUUAUAUGGUAUAUACCUUUUUUCAGCACCAUUAAUAUGAUUUUUCACA